CAGCAAUUACUUUGACCAGGUUGGACACACAUCUUGUUGCUACAGUCUCCCAUCACAUUGGGACAGGCAGGCAACUCCACCCUGCGACCAAGAGAGCAGCCAUAGGCUACUGUGCCAAUCCGGUCCACAGUAGCAGGGUAGCCGAGAGUAGCAGAGUGAAAUGGCGCAGAGCUGAGGGGCCGGUGGACACACUCGCGGCCAACCAACGGCGGUACCGGAGAGGGCGGUCUGCGAGCACCCCGAACGGCGGUUCUGGGAGAUCGGUACCAUGUAGAAAUCAGCAAAUACCUCCUGCUGUGAUGUCGGCGUCAAGUUGAGGGGUCGUGUGUUCCUUUGAAGGUGAGCUGUGGGCAGCCAUUAAUGGCGGACCACUAGAAGCUCUGUCUGAACGUGAGGAUGACCAGAGACCAUUCGAUGGCCACGGCAUCCCCUCCUGGAGCAGCGACGUCGAUCUCAGCUCUCUGCGGCUGGCCUGCCGCGGCUCUGCGGCAGCAAGGUCUUGAGCGGAAAGGCGAAUUCCAGCGAGCAAGAAGCAUCAGCUAAUGGCCCACGGCGGCGGCGUGGUUGCCGACGGAGCUCCGGCGGAUCCAGAUCCGGAUAUUCCCAGCUCCGAAAUUCAUAUUAAUGUCAUUUUUCUUCCUCUUUUUUGUUGAAAUCAGUCCACCUUGUAUCAUUUUUUUGUUGCUGUUCUUGUUGUAGGUCAAGAAUAGUAGAAUACACGAAUCUUUUAGAACAGGUUCCCACAUACGGCGUCCGUGUUGAGUUUAAUUCGCCACAGUCCGCAAGUUCAACACCCCUUACGGGAGGGUUUCAUGAUUAUGGGGUGGUAAUAAAAUAUAAACAAUGAUUUUUACGUGGAAACCCAGAAAGAAGAAAACCACGGGAGUGUUUAGACUAAUGUCCAAGCCCGCUCUUUUUAAUACUGCUCUCCUCACCAAUACAUUAUAUAAGCUCCAUUAAUGGAGGAUUCAAGCUAACUAUAGAGAAGG